ACGUAUGACACAUGUGGUCCGUGCUGGGGUGGCACCAGAUCGGGUUGCCGUACAGGGCACCAGUAUUGGGGCGGGACCGCGCUUUGCCCCGGCGCUUCUGUUUUCAUGCCGGGUGAUUUGCCCUCUCAACGCUGUCCACCGGCUCGGUCAUGGCGUGCGGCGCCACAUUAAGGCGCUCCGCGAAGUGGGACGCUCUGCACGGCCCGCAAUCCCCCAAGCGCCGGAGGUGCGACCCGCUGGCCGGUGCCGCCAGCUCCGUUGCACCGCAGAGGUGCACCUUCGGCCCGCCGCGUCCGGCUGGACAGCAGAGGCUGACUCCAGGUGUCUGUGAAACGAGCGACCCCCCCACCUUCACCUUGCGUCAGGUGGGCAACCUGUGUGAACAGCUGGCCGACGAGCACGAGCUGAAGGUCCGUGAGGAAUACGAGGAAAUCCUAAAUAGCAAACUCUCAGAGCAGUAUGAAUCAUUUGUGAAAUUCACACAAGACCUAAUCAUACAGCGAUAUGGAAGCCAGCCAGCCAGUUAUGUCUCUUAAAGGCUUGAUAAUCCAGUGGGUACCAGCAUCUCCUUCCAAAAUGUGCCUGCUGCAUUCAUUCAUGUUAGUUAUUGUUGUCUGAUUUCAUACUGUACUGAAUCACAUUUUUAUCUGGAACUCUUUAGUAGUCAUGGGAACUAAGUACUAAAGCACAGCUGCUUUUGCUACUGUUUUGCAAGCCAAAUGUGAAAAUAUUGAUAUUUCCCUAGAAUUAAUUGUAUUGUUUUUUGCAAUCUGUCUUUUGCAUGACAUGAGUGGAUAGAUACUUCUCUGUAAAUGCACACGUCUGAAAAAGUUUUAUGACUUUAUAACUAAUAUAUAUAAAAAAAAGUGUCACAAAAAUGAUUUAGGGUGACUGUCCAACCAUAAUCAUUUGACCAUUAUAAUAACAGAUUCCAGGACUAGAAUAAAGUUGAGAGGAGAAUACUUGUAGGCAUGACAAUUCCAGUGAGAACAUGCAGAGUGCAGUGUGUGAGCAGAGGCCUGGCAGGUAUGGAAACGCACUGGCAAGAAGCAUGUCAAAGAAUGCAUCAUGUAUGAAGCGUGCAGUGUGGCACAGUCCAAAGGGACCUCUGCAUGUGUUUUGUGAACAAAUCCAAUGCUUUCUUGUGGUUUGCAACAGGGUGUUACACAGGCACCUGCAGAAAUGGAGGGGGGCUGGGGGUCCCUGAGCACCUGCAGGAGUAGAGGGGGGCUGGGGGUCCCUGAGCACCUGUGGGAGGAGGGGCUGGGGGAUCCUGCUUUGUGAAACAGGCCCUUAGUGUUUAAUAUCGCAGACAGCGAGGGUGUGUGUGUGUGGGGGGGGGGGGUUAAUUUGCAGUACAGUAAAGCGGUCUUCACUUUGUGCAGAUUCUGUUUAGUUAAGUUUUAGAUGGAAUAAAUAUGUUUAAAACAGUG